AUGGGUGAUGUUACUGAAGAGAAACUACCUCUACUGAACAUCAUUGAUGGUGAUUUAGAAAGAGAUAAUCUACUUUACUCACGUACUAUACAUCUUCGAGUACCAUCGCCAAUUUCACAUUGUCAUGUACCUGACGAUAAGUUCGAUUAUAGUACACGAAAUCGUCUUGUAAUUGUAUUAAUUGUGUGUAUUAUCUUUAUUAUCAUUGAGAUUAUUGGUGGAGUAAUUUCAAAUUCAACAGCUAUUGGAACUGAUGCAGCACAUAUGUGUAUUGAUGCAGCUGGUUUUCUUAUAUCAUUAACAGCAUUAUAUUUAACUGCAAAACGACCAACAGACACACUUUCAUAUGGAUAUAUUCGAGCUGAGGUUCUUGGAGCUUUCCUUAGUGUGCUAACUAUAUGGCUUGCUACUGGAAUUCUUGUUUACAUGGCUAUUCAACGUUGUAUUGAUCAAACAUUUGAAGUAAAGCCAGUUGAAAUGAUCGUUGUAGCUUCAUGUGGCGUUGUUUUUAAUAUAUUAAUGUUUUUUAUAUUACAUGUUAAUACAUGUAAUGUAUCAAUGCCACAUGGUCAUUCUCAUGAUAAUAAAUCAUCAUCAUCAGUUGAAAAUACGCAUGAACAACCAAAAUCAUCUAACAAUAUCAAUAUACGUGCAGCUACGAUUCAUGUUAUUGGAGAUUUUAUACAGAGCAUUGGUGUUCUUUUUGCUGCAAUACUUAUUAACGUUAAACCGGAAUAUAAAUUAGCUGAUCCAAUUUGUACUUUUAUUUUUUCAAUAUUAGUUCUUAUUACAACAGUCACUAUCAUGCGUGAUAUUGUUCUUGUUCUUAUGGAAGGUGUUCCAUCAAAUGUGAAUUAUAAACAAGUUGUUGAUGAUCUUGUUCAAAUAUCUGGUGUUCGAAAUGCACAUAGUCUUCAUAUAUGGUCAUUAUCUACACAAAAAAUAGCAUUAUCCGUUCAUAUAGCAAUAGAUAAUGAUCAAGAUCCUUUGAAAAUUUUGAGUGAAGCACAAAAAAUGCUUCGUAAUAAACAUUCAAUAACUCGAUCAACGAUUCAAGUUGAAACAUAUAAUGAACAUAUAAUGAAUUCAUGUGAAAAUUGUCAACAACUAGGUACUAAAUAA